CCUGGCUCCGUGGCUGCUGCUGCUGCAAAUGCAGAAAGGGUUCAGAAGCGACCAGAACAGCAACAGCACUGUGAAGUUAGCAGGCGUGAACAACGGUGCUCCUGCUAUUCCAGUUUAUUUAUUUAUUUUCCAGCAUGGGUUCCUUUGGCAUUGCAACUAUGGACUUUUACGGCCUGACUCCCAGCAGCAUUUCAGGUGUCGCUGUCCCAUGCUUCGUAAUGGCAGUUAUGCUGCAUCUUGCUCUGUCCUUCAAUGUUGAUGUGAAAGAUACAAUGACCUUCAGUGGGCCUGUGGAAGAUAUGUUUGGAUACACUGUUCAACAGUUUGAAAAUGAAGAAGGGAAAUGGGUUCUUAUUGGUUCACCCUUAGCUGGUCAGCCCCAGAACAGAACAGGUGAUGUCUAUAAAUGCCCUGUGGGACAAGGGAAUGGAUUGCCAUGUGUAAAACUAAACUUGCCAGCUGACAUAUCCAUUCCUGAAGUUGCAGAAGUAAAGGAGAACAUGACCCUUGGAUCAACUUUAGUGACUAAUCCAAAAGGAGGGUUUUUGGCUUGCGGGCCUCUUUAUGCUUACAAAUGUGGUCGCUUGCAUUACACUACUGGAAUCUGUUCCAACGUCAGCUCCAGUUUUGAAGUUGUAAACUCCAUUGCUCCAUCUGUGCAAGAAUGCAAGAACCAGCUAGACAUUGUCAUAGUUCUUGAUGGCUCCAACAGCAUUUACCCGUGGGAGAGCGUCACUGAGUUUUUGAACAGCCUGCUGAAAAAUAUGGACAUAGGUCCCCAACAGACACAGGUUGGGAUUGUUCAGUAUGGAGAAAAUGUAACUCAUGAAUUUAACCUCAACACAUACACAACAACAGAAGAAGUACUUGUUGCAGCAAAGAAGAUCAAACAGAGGGGAGGGCUGCAAACCAUGACAGCUCUUGGAAUAGAUAGAGCAAGGGAAGAAGCUUUUACAGAAGCUCGUGGUGCACGCCGAGGGGUACAAAAAGUCAUGGUAGUUGUGACUGACGGUGAAUCUCAUGACAACUACAAACUAAAAAAAGUGAUUGAUGAUUGCGAAGAUGAAAAUAUACAGAGAUUUUCUAUCGCUAUACUUGGCCACUACAACAGGGGGAACCUAAGCACUGAGAAACUUGUUGAAGAAAUCAGAUCAAUUGCGAGUGAACCAACUGAAAAGCAUUUCUUUAAUGUCUCGGAUGAAUUAGCUUUGCUUACUAUUGUUGAAGCUCUUGGAGAGAGAAUAUUUGCCCUGGAAGCUACGAAAGACCAGCUGGCAGCCUCUUUUGGAAUGGAAAUGUCUCAAGCUGGGUUCAGUGCCCAUUAUUCCCAGGACUGGAUCAUGCUUGGAGCGGUCGGCGCAUAUGACUGGAAUGGAACCGUCGUCAUGUUGAAGGAGAGUGCCUUACUAACCCCAAGGAAUGACACAUUUUAUGAUAAGGCCUCAGAAAGUAAUGAGCCCCUUGCUGCUUACUUAGGUUAUACAGUGAAUUCUGCCUCAGUCCCCGGAGAUGUUCUAUACAUUGCGGGACAACCUCGAUAUAACCACACUGGUCAAGUUAUCAUAUAUAGAAUGAGAGAUGCAGAUAUAGACAUCCUUCAGCGAUUAAGUGGGGAACAAAUUGGAUCCUAUUUUGGGAGUGUUAUCACAACGAUAGACAUUGACAAAGAUACGUUUACAGAUAUCCUCCUGGUAGGCGCACCUAUGUACAUGGGGACCGAAAAAGAGGAGCAAGGGAAGGUGUAUGUUUACUCUUUGAACAAGAAAACAUUUGAAUAUCAGAUGUCACUUGAGCCUGUAAAGCAAACCUGCUGUUCACUCCUGAAGCACAGUGACUGCACCAAUCACAACAAGAAUGAACCUUGCGGUGCUCGCUUUGGGACAUCAAUUGCUCCAGUUAAGGAUCUCAACCUUGACGGGUUUAAUGACAUAGUCAUAGGUGCUCCUUUAGAAGACGACCAUCGAGGAGCUGUAUAUGUUUACCACGGCAAUGGGAAAAGUAUAAGGAAAGAAUAUGCUCAGCGCAUCGCAUCAGGUGGAGAUGGGGAAAAGAUGAAAUUUUUUGGUCAGUCUAUACAUGGCGAAAUGGAUUUAAAUGGAGAUGGAUUGACAGAUGUCACCAUUGGAGGCCUUGGAGGGGCAGCCCUCUUCUGGUCUCGUGAUGUUGCUGAAGUAAACGUAUCCAUGAAAUGCACACCCAGCAAAAUUAACAUCCAGAAGAUAAACAAUGACAUGCAAAAGCAAAGGGUGUCUAUCAACACCACAAUUUGUUUUGAAGUCAAAUUAAAAUCAAAGGAGGUCACCUUGAAUGAAACAAGUAUCCAGUAUUGGAUUACACUUGAUGCAGACAGAAAGUUUUCUCGAAGCUUUUUCACAGAAACGACUGAACGGAAGUUACAAAAAAAUAUCACAGUCAAAGGUUCAGAAUGUAUUAAGCAUAACUUCUACAUGUCGGACAAGCCUGACUUCCUUGGUUCUAUAAAGGUUUUGUUGGAGUUCAACUUUUCUGAUCCAGAGAGUGGACCUAUUCUUGAUAGCACAUUGCCCAACUCAAUAUAUGAAUACAUCCCUUUCACAAAAGAUUGUGGAAAUAAGCAGAAAUGUAUUUCCGACCUACAGCUGACUGCCAAUGCAACCAUAGAAGGAAACAGUUUAUCUCCAUUCAUCAUCAUGAAUAAUCUCAAAUUCUUGGUACACCUGUUGGUUAGAAAUAAAAAAGACAGUGCUUAUAAUACAAGAGUCCUUGUUCAGUAUUCUCCAAAUAUUAUUUUCUCUGGGAUUGAGAGAAUAUCAAAAGACAGCUGUGAAUCUGGGCAAAAUAUCACCUGUAGAGUGGGCUACCCCUUCCUAACACCUGGAGAGCAGAUUGAGUUUGAUAUAGCAUUCCAGUUCAAUGUGUCUUAUCUUCUGGAAAAUACUACAAUUCAAUUUUCUGUGACCAGUGACAGUGAAGAACAUGAAGAGACCCUUGUAGACAACAAAGGAAGUAUUGUAAUACCAGUAAAAUAUGAAAGUGGAUUGAUAUUUAAAAGAGAUCCUAGUUUACAUUACAUCAGUAUUGCUGCAAAUGAUACAAUUCCGGCAACGAUUAACUCCACGGAGAACAUUGGAGAUGAAGUUAACAUAAACUACUUGAUUGAAAAAGGCGAACAUUUUCCAAUGCCGCAGCUUACACUACUGAUCUCAUUUCCAAACCUGGCUUCAGCUGAAAACCGUGUCCUUUACCUAACCAAAAUAUCAUCCUCAGAGAAUGCAAAGUGCUAUACCAGCCACCCUACAGAUGUAUUGAAGAUUGAUGCUGGCCAUCCAUUUGUGACGACAAGAAUACAAAGGCCUCUGAAGAAUCCAAAAAUAAACUGUGAUUCAUAUGAUUGUGCAUCCAUUAACUGUACUGUGGCCCCAUCCAAUAUAACUCAGGUGAACAUUUCACUCCGAGUCUGGAAACCUACUUUUAUAAAGGCAAGAAUUCACAGUGCAGAGCUCACUGUAAGAACACUACUUAAGAGUGAAAACUCAUUACUGAUCUUGAGGAAAGACAAUGAAAAACUAGAGAACAUUAUUUACAUUUCAAGAGAGCAUCUUCCUGGCCAUGUACCAUUAUGGGUUAUUUUGCUGAGUGUUUUUGCUGGGCUUUUGAUUCUUACACUACUUAUAUUUGCAUUGUGGAAGGCUGGAUUUUUCAACAGGCCAUUAAGGAAGAAAAUGGAAAAAUGAGAAGAAAUUCCGCAAAGAGAAAAGUGUAGCAAUUCUAAAAUGAUCUGUCCUCAGGACUUCCACAGAAAUGUGACUGUAAAACGCUUCCUUAGUGUAAUCUAGGUGGUCACAACGUUUUCUUUUACAUCAACACAGAAUGCCUAACACUAAAAAAAAGAAGAAAAAAUGACAAGAAAAAAAGAAAGAAAGAAAACUGACAAAUCAAAGGUAGAAACACAUAAUGCAGGGAGGAAAUGUAUUUUCUUUUUUUUUGAGAUGGCCAGGGUUGAAAGAUCCAUGCAACGUGUUCUUUGUGUCCGAAGGAUCUUGUUUUCAAGCAACCUUUCUAUGUAGACCUGCGCUUUUGAAACUGAGGACGCUUUUAAAACCAGUUUGUGAUACUGGCGGGGUAGGAAUGGGAUUGUCUAAUGCUCAAGGAAAAAAAGUACAAAAAUCACCUCAGCUGAUUGAAGGUGCUGGGCUUACCUGUGUCUCUUUUUAGACCCCAAGCAAUAUUUUCAAAAUGGUUGCUCUUGUACACCUCUACGGCUUCCACGCCAACCACAUUUGCAUGGGACAUUGUUACAUUGAGCUGAAUGGGAUGAUGUGCUUCCAAAUAACAGAUUUGGGGCCAGUCUUUGAUACCUAUUGUAAACUCGAUCUUUCAUCUUUCCAAAACAGGGUUGAAGGUCUGGAAUCAGAUGAUUUGCUUCUUAUUUAAGAAAGUAAACAUUGAAACUUGGGUACUUCCCUAAGCCCAAAUUCUAAACCUUGGAUAUGCUGUUAGUUUGAGCUCCACGUGCUUACCUAGAAAAGAAUCCUCAGGAUGUACCAAACGCACUAUGGAAUUUGAGAGAGGCCUCCCAAGCUUUGAACACUGUGUAACACCGUGUAACUCAGGCAGCUUCUGUUUCUAGUGUGUAUAAUUGGGGAAGCACUAGAACUCAGUGGAAGAGCGCCUGCUUUGUAUGCAGAAAAUCCUGGCAUCUCCACAUAGGUCCAUGUGUUUUCAAUUCUCCAUUUAAGUAUAUCUCCAUGUAGGGCUGCCUGAAACCCUGGAGAGCUGCUGCCAGUCAGUGUAGAGAAUACUGGACUAAGGGUUUCUGAUU